UUGUUGUGGUCUUCGUUGUUGAAACCGGAAAAUUUGGAAAACAGGAAAACUCAGUGGCUCUUAUCUUUUACUUCGUUAUUCCUCUCCUAAAUUUAACUCACCUCUGAUCAGUGCUAACUUCAAUCACAAUAUUGAAAAAUGAUAGAUGCUAGUGGUUUAAAUUUAAACUGGUGCAAAAGUGAAUCAUCCUAACCCAUGGGCUUGUAAACCGUGUUUUGACAUUAUCUAUAUUUUGCCACAAAUCACCAGUUUCGGCAGACUUUCGUCAGUUCCAAAAUCAUGUCGAACAAAGUAGUGUCCUAUUUUUACAGCCCGGACGUCGGCAAUUUUCAUUAUGGCCCAGGCCAUCCUAUGAAGCCUCACCGUCUCUCGGUGAUCCAUAGCUUGGUACACAAUUACGGGUUGUAUAAGAAAAUGCAAGUCUACCGCCCUUACAGGGCUAGUGCUCAUGACAUGUGUCGUUUUCAUUCAGAUGAAUACAUAGAGUUCCUGCAGCGUGUUACACCACAAAAUUUACAAAAUUACACUAAGUACCUGAGUCAUUUCAAUGUCGGAGAUGAUUGUCCUGUAUUCGAAGGCUUAUUUGACUUUUGCUCUAUGUAUACUGGAGCCUCACUUGAUGGAGCUAUGAAAUUAAACAAUAAUUGCUGUGAUAUUGCCAUAAAUUGGUCUGGCGGUCUUCACCAUGCAAAGAAAUUUGAAGCCUCAGGAUUUUGCUAUGUCAAUGACAUUGUUAUUGCCAUUCUAGAGCUUCUAAAGUAUCAUCCAAGGGUGCUGUACAUUGAUAUUGAUGUUCAUCAUGGAGACGGCGUUCAAGAAGCGUUUUAUUUAACUGACAGAGUUAUGACAGUUUCAUUCCAUAAGUAUGGAAGUUACUUCUUCCCUGGAACUGGAGACAUGUACGAAAUUGGUGCGGAAAGCGGGCGGUAUUACUCCGUCAAUGUGCCUCUUAAAGAGGGUAUCGAUGAUACUAGUUAUUUUCAGGUUUUCAAACCCACUAUACAGUACGUGAUGGAAUUUUUCCAACCAACUGCAAUUGUUCUCCAAUGCGGAGCUGACUCUUUAGAUAAUGAUCGUCUAGGCUGUUUUUGUCUAAGCACCAAAGGUCAUGGUGAAUGUGUGAAAUUUGUACGUGACCUGAAUGUUCCUCUAUUAGCUGUUGGUGGAGGCGGGUACACUUUGCGGAAUGUUGCCCGAUGCUGGACGUAUGAAACCUCCUUACUUGUUGAUGAACCUAUUAGUAAUGAGCUUCCCUAUACAGAAUACUUAGAAUACUUUGCCCCAGACUUUACAUUGCACCCUGAAAUUGUUACGCGGCAAGACAACGCGAACUCCAAGCAGUACCUGGAACUCAUAACAAAGCAUGUAUAUGACAACUUGAAGCUAAUUCAACACUCUCCAAGUGUACAGAUGCAUGAUGUGCCUGGAGAUGCUUUCCCAUCGAACGAUGGCGUUCUUCUUGAUGAGAUUGAUCCUGACACCAGGAAUCCACAAAUUGAGGAGGAUAAGCGAAUAGAGCCGCAAAAUGAGUUCUAUGAUGGUGAUAAAGAUGAAGAUAAAGUUGAUGGCACUGUUAGCACACCCUCUCAGGACAAGAGUAAAAAACCAAAAUCAAAAGCAAGUGAUACAAUGGAUACAACGUAACUCCCAAUUUUAGUGAAAAUUCCUUCUUACUUUGGUCUGCUCCUACAUUUUCUGUUCUCUAACAACAAGAUGAACCAUCAAGUAGACGUCAUUUUGCGAUUAAGAACUAAAAUUUCUGGCUCAUCCAAAAAACAUUUAUGUGUGUAUGGAAACUAAUGGUACAUACGUCGUUACUGAGACAGAUAUUAUAGUUCCAAAUUGCAAAAUGUAGUCCUAGUGCUCCUGAAGAAUUGUUAAAUAUUCUGUUGUCAAUCUAUUCAUGAAUUAAAUUGCAGCAAGGAGAAAGGAGUGAUCUCACACUUUCCAUCGCCAACCCUAUGCGCUGCAUAUUAUUUUGUAGCCAACUGAUUCAUUUGAGUUCCAAAAAGUCGAAUUAUUUAGGGAAAUGUUCAAUCUUCAAAAGGUGAAGAAAGAUCACAGAGUUUUAAAAUUUUUAAGAUGAACUUUAUGCCCUCACAUUUAUAGGUUUUUUGCCGUCUACGUAAAGAAAACGGAAUAUGAAAAGAAAUUAAAAAAUUUCUGACUUAAGAUGAUUUCCUCCAAUCGAUCCAAUUUAAUUUUAACAAAUUGACCUUUCUCCAAACUUUUUCAGUCGCUGUAGAUGUCGGCAAGCCCCCCCCCCCUAAUUUUAUUCAAAAUAUCAAAAUCAUAAAUUUGAAUAUUUUGAAGUUGGUCAACAGAUAAACACCAUGACCAUCAAUUUUGCAGCUGUGUUUUCUACUGUCCUUGACACCUUGUUUCUCAUCAGCAUCACUGUAGAAAAAUGAAUUUUUCUUGAUUUUAUAGGGAGAAAAAUGAAUUUUUCUUGAUUUUAUAGGGAGAAAAAUGAAUUUUUCUUGAUUUUAUAGGGUGAAAAAUUAAGUGUGUUAAGAAAAAAUUCUCAAGAACUUGAUUAACUCAAAUUUAAAAUCCUUGCACCUUUUUGAUUGCUCAUAGCUAAGUAUCAUUUUUACCCUAAAUUUUUAACUGUUCACUUUUAUUGAGCGAGAAAAUACCUUUCAGUUUAGCAAAUGAAAAUAACUAACAUUCUUCAUGAAAUGAACUAUGGAGGGAAGUUUACAAAGUUGCAAACCAGGAGUCCCCUGUGCUGCAAAAAUAUUUCCCUUGUUAUUGUAUCAA